AUGAAAGGCCCAUCUUUUCGGCCCAAAUGGACUUUGGAAAGAAAAGUAGAAAACACGCUCACAUACGAAAGAAAAACACAUACUUGGGCUCUGCAGUCUGCACUCCUCACCGCCGUCGCCGACACCGCCGCCGCUCGCGAAGCCGCCUGCGCCACCGUCGAACUGUUGCCUAUACUCCGUCUUAGUCCAAGGGUAGCGUUCUGUGGGUACAGCAUCCCUCAUCCUUCAGAUGCUCGUGUUAAUAUUAGAGUCCAGACAACUGGUGAUUCAGCCAGAGAAGUGUUGAAAGAUGCUUGCCAGGAUCUGAUGUUGAUGUGCCAGCAUGUGAGGAGCACCUUUGAUAAGGCUGUUGUUGAUUAUAAAAUGAGCAAGCCUGUCAAGGACAUGAGCAUAGAAAAAUAGAGAAUAGAGAAGUGUAUUUUUCUUAUUAUAAAACAGCAUAUGAUGAACAUGCAGAAAGCUCCUGAGUAUUUCUCUCAAUAUAAUCCGUACUUCUUUUGUCUUA